AGAGACACAGAGAGAGGCAGAGACAUAGGCAGAGGGAGAAGCAGGCUCCCUGCAGGGAGCGGGAUGGGGGUGCUCUAUCCCAGGACCCUGGGAUCAGCACCUGAGCCAAAGGCAAGUGCUCAACCACUGGGCCACCCAGGCGUCCCCCAUUUAAUUCUUAAAGCAAAAUUCCUACUAGGCAAGCAUUUGCUACUCAUCAUUUUACAAAUAUGAACUAGAGGCUGGAGAAAAGCUAGGUAACAGGUCCCAGGUUUCGCACUGUGCCAGGGACCAGGUUAGGAUAAAUACCCAGUCCAAAUUCCAGUGCAUCUCCUCCCUAAACAUUAAAGUCUACUCUACCAGGUUGAAUAAGAGGUCCUGUUCCUAAACUUCACCUGUGACCAAGGAGUCAUCCUAAGGUCAUCCUGAGGUCUUCUUGAGUUUGGCCAAGCAGGCAGCCAUGCAAGGGCUCGGACUCCCAAUACCAGAAGCCAGAAGUGACGAGCUGUUCCAACAUGGCACAAUCCAUAGGGCUCAAAAGCAAGUGACUCCUCGAUGCGAAGAAAGGACGAUGCCCUGGUCGCCGAGGCCCGGGACGGGGCGCUCCGCGGGGAAUGCCACGCUCUGCUCCCGCGUGGACCACAGAGGCCGCGCCCUCGCUUCUGCGCACAACCUUUCUCCCCAGAGCCACGGGAGCUGGGCUAAGACGCAAACCCCGUUGGUUAGGUUUGACCCAGCGGUCAGCUCAGGUCGCUCAAACAGGGAUCAAAAAAGCCUAUACACGCCAGGCGGGACCCUGUAGAUGAUGGAAGUGGGCAAAUCGCCCAGCUUAAUGCACCUCAUCUUCCUUUGCGCCUUCACUCUCCCUUCUAAAAACAAAAAACAAAACAAAACAAAAAAAAACAACCUAUGCCCGUUCUAUUUUUCUUUAAAUACUCAGCUCUCGCUUCAGCCAGGACACAAACCUGGGAACCACCAAACAAAAAAAAAGUUUCACUUUCACCUCCACUCUCAAACAAGAAGCACCUGUGGCAGAAACCAACGCAAAACGAACCCACACCGGGCCUCGCCAAAAGGGGAUGCUGGGCGGCAGGUUCUCUUUCCGGGUCGGCGGCGACCAUUUCCGGGGCGGCCGCGAGCGAGGCGGAAGUGCGGUCUCCUCAGGGCGGCUGUCUCUGGGCGGGCCGAGGGAGGCUCCCGAGGCUGGGGGCCGGGCCGGGAUGGCGGCAGCGGCGGCCGGGGCCGGGGCCGGGACGGCCCAGGAGAAGCAGUUCCCGCCGGCGCUGCUGAGCUUCUUCAUCUACAACCCGCGCUUCGGACCGCGCGAGGGCGAGGAGGAAAAUAAAAUUUUAUUUUACCAUCCAAAUGAAGUUGAAAAGAAUGAGAAAAUUAGAAAUGUUGGAUUAUGUGAAGCUAUUGUACAGUUUACAAGGACCUUUAGUCCAUCAAAACCUGCAAAGUCUUUACAUACACAGAAGAAUAGACAGUUCUUCAAUGAACCAGAAGAGAAUUUCUGGAUGGUCAUGGUUGUUCGGAAUCCUAUAAUUGAAAAGCAAAGUAAAGAUGGAAAACCAAUUGUUGAAUACCAAGAGGAGGAGUUGUUGGACAAGGUUUAUAGUUCAGUGUUACAGCAGUGCUAUAGCAUGUACAAGCUUUUUAAUGGUACAUUUCUGAGAGCCAUGGAAGAUGGAGGUGUCAAGCUCCUAAAAGAAAGAUUAGAGAAAUUCUUCCAUCGGUACUUGCAAACGUUGCAUUUGCAGUCAUGUGAUCUCCUUGACAUUUUUGGUGGAAUCAGCUUCUUCCCAUUGGAUAAAAUGACUUAUUUGAAAAUCCAGUCCUUUAUUAAUAGAAUGGAGGAAAGCCUGAGUAUAGUCAAAUACACUGCCUUUCUCUAUAACGAUCAACUAAUCUGGAGUGGGUUAGAACAAGAUGACAUGAGAAUUUUAUACAAAUACCUCACCACAUCUCUGUUUCCAAGGCAUAUCGAACCUGAGCUGGCAGGAAGGGAUUCUCCAGUAAGGGCGGAGAUGCCAGGAAAUCUUCAACAUUAUGGAAGAUUUCUUACUGGACCCUUAAACCUCAAUGAUCCAGAAGCAAAAUGCAGAUUCCCCAAAAUUUUUGUAAAUACAGAUGACACUUAUGAAGCACUGCAUUUAAUUGUUUAUAAGGCCAUGAGUGCAGCUGUUUGCUUUAUGAUUGAUGCCUCUGUACAGCCCACAUUGGAUUUUUGCCGAAGACUGGACAGCAUUGUUGGGCCCCAGCUCACGGUGCUGGCGUCUGACAUCUGUGAGCAAUUUAACGUCAACAAAAGGAUGUCUGGGUCUGAAAAAGAACCCCAGUUUAAGUUUAUCUACUUCAACCAUAUGAAUUUAGCCGAGAAAAGUACAAUUCACAUGAGGAAAACACCUAGUGUGUCACUUACAUCUGUGCAUCCGGACUUAAUGAAGAUUCUGGGUGACAUCAACAGUGAUUUUACUAGAGUGGAUGAGGACGAAGAAGUCAUUGUGAAGGCAAUGAGUGAUUACUGGGUUGUUGGGAAGAAGUCUGACCAGCGGGAGCUGUAUGUUAUUCUGAAUCAAAAAAACGCAAACCUGAUUGAAGUAAAUGAAGAGGUAAAGAAACUUUGUGCAACACAGUUCAAUAACAUAUUCUUCUUGGAUUGACCGAUAGUGGCUCACCGAAACAUCUUUUGAAAAACAACUCAGCAGGCAUUUUGUUUACCACUGCAGGUUCUCGGUCAUAUUAUUGACUGAAUUAAUGACAAUAGUAAAGCAAUACUUGCUUUGAAGAAUCAAAUUUCUACUCAGUCUGAUGAUCCCCUGGGGUUUUUAGAUUUUAAAUAUUUAUGCGGAAAUAAUUAAAGGUAGUUGGCUACAUCUCUUUCAUUCCAUUCUUUUGACAUUAUGUGAAUAUUUUACUGGAAAAUAAGAUGAAUAAAUUGUUAAGGUUUUUAAA